AUGAAAAAUACCAUUCCAUAAAGUCCAUCUCCAUAUAAAUUAAAGGAUUCAAAUCUAAACUAUGAUACGUAAUAAUAUUAAGAAUUAAUGAAAAAUUUCGAAAAUUUAAUCAAAGUUACUCAAGACAAAUUAUAUUCUAAUUAAAAAAAAAUAGAAGAAACAUGUAAAUGUUCAAUAGAAGAUCAAUAUUAAGCAUUAUUGAUAGAAAAUGAGAAUUUAAAGUAAUUGAUAGGAGAUUUAUAAAUAAAAUUAGAGCAACAUAAUUUAAAUGUUAAAUAAAAUGAAUAGCAAUAACUUGAAUCCUUUAUGAAGGAAGCUGUAAUUAAAUCAGAAUAAUAAAAUGAACUUAUAGAAAGAUUAUAACAAUAAACUUUAGAAUUCUAAUAACAUUUGUUAAUUGAGAAAGGUAAACAUUGCUAAACUCAAAAAUAACUUUCAAAUAUUUAGGAAGAAUUUGAUAAUUAUAAAAAAGAAAGAACUCUUUAAUAGUUUUAUGAUUUUGAAGUUACUGAGAAAAUCACCUAAGGUUAUUAGGAAUUAGUUAAAGAAAAUUAAAAAUUAAAAUAAUAAGAAAAAGAAUUUUAGUAAGAAAUAGAAAAGUUAAAAAUAGCAUUAAAUUAGGCUUAUAUAUCACUAUCAAAAUAAUCAUAAUAAAAUAAAAUAAUAACUAGAAUUACAAAUCAGGAUGAAAUGUAAACUGCUGGGACUUAAACAGAAACCAUAAUAUUUUAAUAACAUGAAAUUUUAAAGGAGAGAAUAAAUAAUUCAAUGUAUAAUCUAGAAAGAUUCAUAGCUUAAUAUUUGGAUAAAAAGAAGCUAAGAAAUAAAUCAGCAAAUGAAAACAAAUUUUAUUCUGAUCUAAGUUGUUGGUAUAUAAAAUUAUCAUUAAUUUAGGAUUGAAUAAGCAAAGAGUGAAUUAAUUUCUUAUAAAUAGUAAAUAACGGGAUUAGUUUAUGAAAAAGAACAAUCAAAAGAAUAGUUAAAUGUAGCCAAAUAUGACUUAGAACAAAUUUAAAACUAAUUUAAUUUAUAAACACAAACUUUAAGAGAUGAGCUAUAAACUCUAAAUAAAAAGCAUUAAAUUCUAUUGGAAGAUUUUAACAAAGCCUAAUUAAAAUCUUCUGAAUUAAUAGAUGAAAAAAAAUAAUCUAAUAAUUAAAUCAUCUAGCUUCAAAAAGAACUUAAUGAACUUAAAUAAUAAUAUGAAUAGUUAUAAUUUGAAUCUAAUUCAUAUGAUACAUAAUUUAAGAUUAUUACUCAAUCUUAUCAAAGUGAAAAGAAAUAAUUAGAAGGAUAACUUGAAAGUUACUAAUAAAAACAUUAAUCUUUAACAACUGAUCUGAAUUAAAGUAUACUGUAAAAAGAAUAAAUAAUAAAUAAAUUGGAAAUGGCAAAUAAUAAUAUUUAACAAUUAUAGAUAUAUUUGAAAGAAACUUAAGAAAAUGCAAAUAAUUUUUAAGAAUAGUUGAGGUUAUCUUAAGAGAAAAUUAAAAUUCUAGUACAAGACAAGGAAUAACUUGCAACAUAAAAUUGGGAAUUAGAAUAAAAUCAAUAAUAAAUGAAAGAGAUUAAUAAUAAAUUUAAAGAAAUAUAAUCUAAAUAUGAAAAGGAUAAAUAAAAUAAUUAAAAUCUUAUUAAUGAAAUGGAAAAAGAGAAAGAAGAUUUAAAAAUAUAUUGUUAGAAACUUUAGUAUGAUUUAACAGAGAGAAAUGUUUAAUUAACAGCUUUAAAGGAAUAAUUAUCAAAUAUGGAGUAUUAAUUAUAUUUAACUCCAUCUGAGGAAAAGUCUAGAAUAGAAAAUACAUAUAUGUCAUCUAAAAUUGAGGAUUUAGAGAUUAUUUUAAAAGAAAAAGAUCAAAAAAUUGAAGAUCUUGAAAGGUUAUAUCAUUUAACUAGUUAUGAAUUAAGAAUUUUGUAAGAUUAUUAAUAAACAUUUGAAAAAGACUUGGAUUUUUAUAAAAUCAAAGUUACAAAAUUAGAAUAAGAAUUAAUAGAAUAACAUAAUGUAUUAUCAAUAUCAAAAUCUUAAGUAAAUUCAAAUAUAUGUAAGUAAUUAAUAUAAAAUUAGAAACUAAGAAAUUUGAUGAUCAAACAAAACUGUAAACUUCUCCUAUUUCAACUUUAAAAAUAGAUUCUAAAUCAAGUAGUGGAUCUCCAUAAAUUUAAGUUAAAAUUUUAUCUGGUGAAAUUUAGAGGUUAAGUUAAAUUGUUAAAAUAUAAUAAAAGAAAUUGUUGGACUUAUAAUAUUUUAUUGAAAAAAUGAUAACAUCAAAUGAUUAAAAUAGAUUAUUAGCAAAAUAAAUUCUUGUAUAAGCUAGUUAAACUGGAGAAAUAAAUGGUUUCAAUUUAUUUGAAAAGUUGAAUAUUAAUCAGCAAAUGAAUGUUAAUUCAUCUGAAACAUUUGGUAUUAAUGUUUAGAGCAUUGAAAAGAAUGAAUUUUGA